AUGAAAGUGGAAGAGGUUCAUCAAAGCAGUAAAAGAGCCAGAGGGGAUGAUGAUGAGAUAAUUGCAGGUAAUGAAUUAUGUUUGCAAGUGGAGGUAAAGGGGCCUAGUGUUAAUGAUUGGGUGUGGAUCAUCCUGUCUCAAGGGGCUUCCUGGAUAUGGAACUCAUGGUCCUCUGUUAUUCCACUGCUCCAUAAUCGAGUGUCAAUUGCUAUAAAAAAUGGGGCUAAGACAUGGCUGAAUGAACUAAAUUGGGUUCCAGAUUUGGCAGGGAAAAAACCAGUUUUAUCAGUUAACAUUGAGCAUAGGUUAUUCAGAGUUAAAGAUCUUAUUGAUGGGCAU